AUGAAUGAGCAGACGCUACGCCAAGUUCUAAUUAGAGCAGUUGAAGCUGAACCUGACUUGAUGAAAAGUUUCAUCGAAGGUUCAAGGCAGGACAGUAACCCCAGCUCAGAAAUAGCAUGGUGUUCAUGUGGGAGAUGUCAAGCAUUUGAUGAUCCUCGCAUGAACCUAUGCUGUUGCCAAUCUCCAUGCAUAACUUCAAAACCAGAAUUCAGAAAUCUGUGUUUGAGGCAUGAUGUAUUGGAGAUUGCCAACAUUCUGAACUGGAGUUAUCGUACCAACCUUGAACCUUCAUUCGCUCAAUCUACAUUUCGAAACCAAGCAUACAGGAACUUUGUGCUAUGGCAACACAGUACCCUGGGAGCAGGCAGGAGAGUGCCAGUGCCUUCAUGUGUGUGCGUGGCAAUCAGGAGGAGAUUUCCACAAGCAAAUGGACAAUAUAGGGGCUACCACUCCGCAAAUUCAGACUCAGAAUAAAUUUUUAAUGGUGAAAAACUUACUUCAUUUUUUUCUGCUUUUCAUUUCUGCAAGUAAAACCCGAGACCCAGGAUUUGCUGAUCCUGAUAAAUUGGCAGAUAUGUUGUCAAGAUCUUUUGACUGCCUAGUCCUUGUAUAACCCGCACAAGAUCUCCCAUAUAUUUCUUUCAUGCAGGUUAUAAUGAGUCCUGAAAACAAAUAAUAAAUUUUUCUUUUAUGCCAAAAUAAGUUCUGAUCAUCAUAUACCGGUAAUACUACACUGUUACUAGUAGUUCAUAUA